UUGAGUGGGUUAGGAACCAUUGUUUUGCUCAAGAGUGAAUCUGAUGCAGCCUAGAAUGUGGUUGAUGGAACAACAGUCGCCAUGGGGACAAUGAACAGAUGGUUCUAUGGGCAAGCAGUUCCACGCAUCACCCGUGGUUCUCAGCACACCAGCAGCAGGACUGGAGCCCCUUUCUGCCCCAGUUUUAGCACUGGAGUACUGAGGAACCUUUCACCCACCCAACCUGACAGACAAUUCCAACAACCAGGGGGGGUAGUGCUGGUGAGACAAGGAAAUAUGGAUGGAGAGAACUGGUGGAAAGUUAAACCCAAAUACUCUACUAAAGUUCUCAUUGGAAACUGGGUGGAAGACAGGGCACGGUUGCUAAAAUCCACCGCGAAACCUGGCAGCAGCAUCUACAGCACAGACUUCGUUUCUUUCCCAGAUCACAAACCAGACCAAUUGCUGAGGAGAACCCUGGCCGAGAAAUACGAGGGCCUGCCACUACAGUACCUCUUCACCCAUCAUGAUGAACCAAGAAGCCGAUAUUUAGUAUCGGAGUAUGACGAUAAAUACAACAGACACGGUUAUAACCCUGUGCUGCCUCCCCUCCGCACCUGGAAUGGACGCAGGCUCUCCUGGAUUCCUCAGAAAUCAGAUUUCCCCAUUAUUGAACCACCCACCAACUAUGGCCUCCUUGAGUACCUGAUGAAAAAAUGGUACAAGAAGGAAGCCGGAGUGAUGAACAGUGUCUACACCGUCUCCUACCAACGCCCACCCAUUUCUCCUUUUGAUAUUUGGCAACUAAAACAUCCAACCAAAACUCGGUACGUCCCUUCCAGCCGGGGACGCCUUCCCACGAGCACCAACAGGAUCCUGGACUACGAAGGGGGUCAGAAAUAUCUGGAAGCCGUCAGUGAACUGGUGAGAGCCAGGAAGCCAAGGGAAGCCUCUGCGUAAACUGCUUAGGGUGAUCUUAAGUACUACUUAAUAUAGCUUGUUACUGCUAUAUAUGAGAGUGACUUAUUCCAUGCGGAAUAAAUGAGAACUGGGUUAUAUAGGCGGAGUUGCUGGGUUCCAUUCUGGGAAUAUUUCAAAAGAUAUUAAAUCACUGAAAACAAAAUUUUCAUGUCUUGGUUUCCAGUCAAUGAAUCGUUGCAGUAAGAAAAAACAAACCAGGGUGUAUUGAACCAGAAAGGAUAUAAAUCUCUUAAUUGAUUUAUCCUUAGUUGUUUCUUUCAUUUUUACACAGCUUGCUAAACAUUUCUUUAAUGAAAGAGGAGAAAAGAAACUUGUG